CGCUAACGCUGUGAGUAUGGUGGGGGGCGUCGGUUCACUCGAAGUCACUUCAAGUCAAACGUAUUUGAGCAUCGAAUUAACAGGACCAUGGUUUGUUGGAACAUGGUAUUUGACAGUCCUUGGCGCUUUGGCGGGCUUUUUUCGUAUACUUAACCUCAAAAAAUAGUGUAAAAGCGCAAUAACUAAAACAAGAUCAGUUCAGUCGUGGAUAACAAUCAGUAUUUAAAUUAUUUUUAAUCAAUGAAAUAUGACACCUAGCGUGGAUAAACCUAAAAAUUUACCAUGGGUCGAAAAAUACCGGCCUGCAAAACUCGACGAUCUUAUUUCGCACGAAGAAAUUAUACGCACUAUAAACAAAUUCAUUGAAGAAAACCAGUUACCUCAUCUUCUCCUGUAUGGACCACCAGGUACUGGAAAAACAAGUACCAUUUUAGCUUGCGCUCGGAAAUUGUACACACCAGCUCAGUUUAAUUCUAUGGUUUUGGAACUGAAUGCUUCUGAUGAUAGAGGUAUCGGUAUUGUAAGAGGCCAGAUUUUGAGCUUUGCAAGCACUGGAACUAUUUAUCGGUCUGGGUACAAACUCAUUAUAUUAGAUGAAGCUGAUGCUAUGACCAACGAUGCUCAAAACGCUCUUAGAAGAAUUAUAGAAAAAUAUACAGAUAAUGUGCGGUUUUGCAUCAUCUGUAAUUAUCUCAGUAAAAUUAUACCAGCUCUUCAAUCACGUUGCACAAAAUUUAGAUUUGGCCCACUGGCAUCAGAACAAAUUUUACCGAGACUGGAAUACGUUAUAGAACAAGAGAAACUAACAGUAAGUGAAGAUGGAAAGAAAGCCCUCAUGACACUGAGCGGCGGGGAUAUGAGAAAAGUAAUCAACGUGCUCCAGAGUACUUGGCUUGCUUUUGGUUCAGUUACAGAAGAUAACGUGUACACUUGCGUCGGCCAUCCCCUCCCUGUCGAUAUCAGAAAUAUUUUGAAUUGGCUGCUGAACGAAACAUACCAACUUGCUUAUUGCAAAAUUCAAGACCUCAAAGUGAGGAAAGGCUUGGCUCUUCAAGAUAUACUUACAGAAUUGCACGUAUUUGUUAAUAAAAUUGAAUUUCCGGAACCGAUAUUGAUUGAUCUCAUAAUAAAGAUGGCAGAAAUAGAAAAAAGAGUGAUUUCCGGAAGCAGCGAAGCCGUUCAACUCAAUUCUCUCGUCGCUGCUUUCCAGCGUCCACGUGAGAUCGAAACAUGAUAAUUUUUAGGAAUACUUUUCCAUAUUUUGCGAUCCUAAUUUAUGUUUGGAACUCCAUUUAAUUUUUAAUUCGUUUUCUACACAUUAAUAAAUAAAACAAAAAG